AUGUUAUUAUCAAGGGUUGCUCGCACGCGUCCACGCUUGACAACGCCCUCUCUCCUGCGAACUCGGGCCCAAGAUUUCCACUCAACGAAGGACUCAGGCCCUAACUCAUCCAGGAACUUGAAGAGAUACAUCGCGACUGCUAGUGUGGCCAGUACAUCGGGUAUUUGGUGGUUUGUCAGUAACCGCGACGCUGCUACCUGCGACGAUGCGCCACAUCUUGAUCGUCCUCCAGCCGAGCAUUGGGACGUUGAGCCGGGUCCCUCUAAAGAACAAGUGACGCAUAUCAUAUCACAAGAAGCAUAUUCUGUGCCGGUCAGAAAUGUGACGGGGGUCAGCAGAUAUGAUGGUGCCCAAUUGGCAUCCAACAGCCCAUGCGAGGACCGAUUCACCCAUGGCAAAUUUCCUUCACCAUGGGAUGAAGGUAGCCAAUGGAUGGCCUGGGCUGUUUUUGAUGGUCAUUUAGGCUGCCAAACGGCAGAAUUACUGAAAUACCACCUCCUGCCCUUCGUCCGACACAGCCUGAGUCAAGUAACACCCCCUUCAACCGGGGAAUCCUUGCCCGAGGACAUGGUGCAGCGCGCUAUCCAAAAGGGGUUCGUGAAACUCGACGAUUCUAUUAUCAAAGCAGCCUUUCAGACAGCUCAAAGUGAAGAUUCGUUGCAGGAGAAGAUAAAGAAACUAGCCCCCGCUUAUGCCGGCUCGUGCGCUUUGCUGUCUAUAUACGAUUCAAUCACAAGCACACUACAUGUGGCCUGUACCGGUGACUCGAGAGCAGCUCUAGGGCAGAGAAGGCCAGACGGUAGCUGGGUAGCAAUUCCAUUGUCAGUAGACCAGACUGGCAAAAACACAGAAGAGAUUGCCAGGCUCCGCAAAGAGCACCCUGGUGAAGAGGACAUGAUUAAAAACGGACGGGUGCUGGGGCUUGCGGUCUCGCGAGCCUUCGGUGAUUGUCAGUGGAAAUGGCCUUUGGAGUUCCAGCACGAAAUGAAGCGGAGAUUUAAUGGUCCAACACCUCUGACGCCAAGAUACGACGUUCGAACACCACCGUAUCUGACGGCUGAACCGGUAGUCACAAGCACUAAAAUCGACCCGGGCAAGCCUUCCUUCCUGAUCAUGGCAACCGACGGCUUGUGGGAUAUGCUCUCCAAUCAGCAGGCAGUCGAUCUAGUAGGGAAAUGGUUGGAAUCAGGAGCAGCGGGGAAGGACAACAGCAACCCGGUACCAGUAUAUAAACCAUUCGACUUUGGUCGAUUUGGAGAAGGGAUGGACUGGAAGUUCGAGGAGGAGAGAACAACGACCCAGGAUAAUAACGUGGCCGUGCAUCUGAUGCGCAAUUCCUUGGGCGGAAAUCAUCACGAGUUGAUAGCAGGUCGACUUGCUUUCAGUUCCCCAUCCUCCCGUUAUGUACGAGACGAUAUAACCGUGCAGGUGGCCUUUUUUAAUGUCCCUGAUCCGAGGGAUGAAUAG